UCUGUGUUAGUCUGUGUGAGUUUUAGAGAAAGAAAAGAGGAAGUAGCUCCGCCCUCAGUCCGCCUGCAGGAGGAGAACAGCUCGGAGCUUCACAGGUCGCGAAGGAGAAACUGUGACUGAGAACAGGCUUCUGUCCCCGGCGUGGAUCAGCGCAAAGCCCCGCUGCUGCUCUUCGUGAGUCCGCUCCACCAUGAGCUCCAUGUGAACAACUUUACACUGAAGACACAACUGUUGCUCACAGGAUCGGCUCUCAUCGGCUCUCAUCGGCUCUGGGCCUCGGCAGCUGCAACACUCUUCAGGUCCCAGACUAUCUUUGGUCCGGAUCGGUCCCGGAUAAAUCCCGGAUCAGACCCGGCUCGGUAACAAUGAGCGGAGAGGAGGAGAGAUACAAACUGGUGGUGGUGGGAGGAGGAGGGGUGGGCAAGAGCGCGCUGACCAUCCAGUUCAUCCAGUCCUACUUCAUCUCCGACUACGACCCAACCAUCGAGGACUCGUACACCAAGAUUUGCUCUGUGGACGGAAAGGAGACCAGACUGGACAUCUUGGACACAGCUGGUCAGGAGGAGUUUGGAGCGAUGAGGGAGCAGUACAUGAGAUCAGGAGAAGGAUUCUUACUCGUGUUCGCUCUCAACGACCGGGGCAGCUACCAUGAGGUGCAGAAGUUCCACACUCAGAUUCUGCGGGUGAAAGACAGAGACGACUUCCCGAUGGUGCUGGUGGGGAACAAAGCGGACCUGGAGCAGCAGAGAGUGAUCUCCAGAGAGGACGCUCAGGCGUUCGCCUCAGAGAACAGGAUCCACUACAUGGAGGCGUCGGCCAAGAACCGCUAUAACGUGGACGAGUGCUUCCUGGAGCUGGUUAAGAUCAUCAGACGGUUUCAGGAGAUGGAGAGUCCUCCUCUUCCGGCUCACCACACGGGCAAACAGAAGGGAGGGGGCUGUCCCUGUGUCCUCCUCUGAGGACGGUUACCAUGGAGACCACAGUCUCAUCCCACUGCAGUUCAUCCAAAGAGGAGCGUGUGUAUUUGUGUGUGUGUGUGCGUGAGAGAGAGAGAGAGAGAGACAGGGUGCAUUUUUUUUUUUUUUUUGCACUUUUUGCCAAAGUCAUUUUUUUGUGUCUCCGGUGAGCACUGUGACUGAUUAACAUAUUUACAAUGUUCUACUUUAUUUCAAAACGUCUGUGACAUUUCAACAUGUGGCAACACCUCUCACAACGGUCAUGCUACAUCGGCCAGCAGGGGGCAGCAGACAGAGGUGGACAAACAGCAGGUGUCAGCAAGUGUCGCUGUAAAUAACCUUCAUGUCCGUCAACCUGUAGCGUUAGGGGUGAUACCUGUGUCACACCUGUUUCACACCUGUGUCACACCUGUGUCACACCUGUGUCAUACCUGUGUCACACCUGUUUCAUAUCGGUGUCAUACCUGUGUCAUACCUGUGUCAUACCUGUUUCAUAUCGGUGUCAUACCUGUUUCAUAUCGGUGUCAUACCUGUGUCACACCUGUUUCAUACCCUUGUCACACCUGUUUCAUACCUGUUUCAUACCUGUGUCAUACCUGUGUCAUACCUGUUUCAUAUCGGUGUCAUACCUGUGUCAUACCUGUUUCAGACCUGUUUCAUACCUGUGUCAUACCUGUGUCACACCUGUUUCAUACCUGUGUCACACCUGUUUCAUACCUGUUUCAUAUCGGUCUCAUACCUGUGUCCUACCUGUUUCAGACCUGUGUCAUACCUGUUUCUUACCUGUAAUCUGUCUCAUCUGUGACGCUCGUUAGGGGCGGGGUCUUGUCAGCAGACACUUCCCCCAUCAUUUGUGAUGUGUUUUAGGCCACAUGUACACGAGAACGAUCCUCUGACAACAGGGUCGUUUAUUUUGUUUUCAAUUGUUCUAGUGGUGCAGUAAAGGGUCGGGGUCAGAGGUCAAACCCUCGGUUUGUCUUUAGAACAUCAUAUUUAUAUCUCCUUUUAAAAACAUCCUGAUUUUUAUAUUAAAGUUCAAACUUCUUUUAUCAAUAAACUUUAAAUCAAACA